CCACCGUAUGUCGUCUGGAGAUGCUCCGUUAGAAGUGGUAGGGGUGGAGAAAAUUGGGUCCAAACCUAGAAGCAAAGAAUUCUAUCCGUUUGCUUACUCUCUUUUAGACUGUACCAAAGACGAUUACUGCUGGACAUGUCUUGGAGAGAACGUUGAAUUAACAUGCGAACAAUGUAAAGUUGCAAAAUUUUGCUCGAAGCAAUGUGAAACAUCAGGAGCAAUUGACCACAAGUACGAGUGUGGACCUUUGAAAAAAUGCCCGGAUUUGAACACUGAUGAAAGAAUGCUUAUUAGAAUUGUUGGACGGUAUAAGGAUAUUCAUUCUGGAAAAGACAAAAGCAUCGAUGGAUUUUACAACAACCGAGAGAGCAAGAGAAGCGUCAUGGAAAUUUGGGAGCACUGUGCGGAUAUGAAAAAAGAUGAAAAUGCUAUGAAAUCUUUUAAAAAAACCUACGAUAGAGUGAAACAAUUCGGCGACACUAAUCAUUUAAUGGAUGAAGAAGUAACGUUCCAGCUUCACUCCAGAAACUUCAUCAAUCGACAUAGCAUAUCGAAUGUGGAUUAUUUACGAGAAAUUGGAAAAGGUCUUUAUUUGGAUCUUUGUAAAUACGAUCACUCUUGCAGACCUAAUGCGAUCUACAGUUGUAACGGGAUCGUGGCAAAGUUGCGAGCUCUUCAUGAUAAUGUUGAUUUAGAAAAUGUCGAAACUACACAUUACACCUACAUUGAAUUACCACCCUGUAAAAUCCAGCGUCGUCAUAUGCUUAAAGAAACAUGGUAUUUCGAAUGUCACUGUGAAAGAUGUGACGAUCCAGAUGACAACUGGCUAACAUCAGUUCUUUGCCCAGUUUGCAUUUCAAAGACAGAAUAUCGAAAAACAAUUAAACUACAUGGUCCGGAGGCAUAUGCGAAUCCUGAAACAUUGGAGAUUGUAUGUGAUAGAUGCAGUACCACGUUGGAUAGGGAAUACAUCUUCAUGGCUCUUGAUGGCAUGAGAACUAUCCGUCGAACUGUAGAAGGAGCUGAAGAUGAAACGAAAGAUCCCAUCGAGCUUCUUAAAAUCUACCAAGGAGCACUGAUGACCUAUGAGCGUAUUUUGCCAAUGUCAAAUGCCUAUUUCUGUCAGCUUAUUGCUGCAAUGAUCCCUCUAAUCUCAAGAGUAAGCAUGACGAAAAAAGAGCGAUUGGUGGCUUCUUUGGAUCUUCAUCUGAAAUGUGAAACAUUUGUGAGAUAUGUCUAUCGUCAUGCUCAUCCUUCAAAAGCAAUGCACUUUUUGCAAAUGGGUCAGCUUCACUUGGAGCUCGCCAAUGACAAAGAUGCGGCAAGAUGUUUGAUUGAAGCUCAUCGCAUCAUGGAUUAUCUUUUCGGAGCGGAUCAUUUCCUGUCAAAGCAGACCAAGGGAUUUAUGGAUCACGCUUUGUCGUCUCUAAUGCAAUUCCAGAGAAACUUUGUCAAUGUUUUGGACCGAGUACCGGAAGCCAAACAGGCAUUGGAAGAGCGCUUCAUGACGGCCGAUGAGAAAAAAGCGCUGAAAGAUUCGGAAAAGAAUAAGAGGAAAAGAAAUAAUAAGAAAAACAAGAAAAUUGAGCAGAAAAAUGAGCAAAAAAGUAGCGGUGAAAAUGGAAAUUCAAAGACAAAGGGAGUUGAAGACGGAUUGGAAGAUUUGCCAGAACUUGUUGCUGAAAUGUAGUUAUUAUGUUGUAGUUUGUUGUAAUUGUUUACACUUUCCGCUAUAAUAAUUAAUUUAUCCAAUUAAUACGUUUUUUCAGUUUUUUUUGCAAUAGACUAUUUGAACAUAAAUGUUUUCAAUCCCA